AUGUUUGAUUAUGACUAGAAGGAAUUCUAAGAAACUAUUAAAAUGAAAUGUAAGGAGAGAGAAGAUCAAAUCAUAAAUCAAUAUAAUUAAGUAUUAUUUAGAUACUAAGCAGAAUGUCAAGAAUAUAUUAAAAAUCUAAAAUAAUAAUAUGAAAAAGACUAAGAAAAUUUUAAUUAAUAAUUAAUAAAGAAGUUAAACAAACUUUAGUAAAUUGUGGAUGACGAAAACAUAAGUGUUUAUAAAAAUAUAUAAAAUUCUCAAGAAAAACUUUUAAAGUCACAACAGAUGUAAUUUGAUAAUACCAAUAAAUUAAAUGAUAAGAAAAAAAUUGAAUUACUUGAAUUUGAAAUGGAAUAAUUUAAGAGGUCAUGUCAAAGGACUAUUGAUAAACUUAUGAAAGAAAACUCAACAUUAUAAGAAUAAUUGAUAAAUGCAGAAAUUGAAAAAAUAUAAAUGAAAUAAUCAACAUAAUCAUUAUCAGAAUGUAAAGAUUGCAUGAAAGAUUUAUAAAAUGCCAAUGUUGAUAAAGAAACUUUGGUAAAGCUUUAAAAUGCUGUUAAAAAUUAUGAACAAGCAGUCUAAGAUAUGGAAUGUGAACAAAAAAUAUUUUUGACUACUAAAUCUUAACUUUCUGAAACACAAUAAUCAAAUCAAAUAUUGGAAUCUAAAUUAGAAUAAAAGGAAUAUGGAUUAAAAAAAAUAAAAGAAAAAAGUGAUAUUAUUGAAAAGAGAUUAAAAGAAUGUUAAGAAUAAAUUAAAUAAUUUUAGAUAUAACUCAAAGUAACAUCUUAAUCUGAAGAUAAAGCUAAAGAAAAGAUCUAAAAGUAUUAGCAAUAACUUUAAAAAAUGAAAGAAAAUUUUGAUAAACAAGAAAAAGAAUUAUAAAAUUAUAAGGCUUCUUUAAAUGAAAUUACCAAGAAAUUCGAAGAAGAAUAAUAAAAAAAUCUUUAAUUAAAAGAUGAUUUUGAAAAAGAGAAAAUGAGAUUAGACGAAGAAAAUGGAAGAAAAUUUAAAUAAUUGAGUCAUUUAAAUAAAAAAAUAAAGAGAUUUUUUUCUUUGACUGUGCUAAUAGUACUGGCAUUACUUUUUUAAUUUAUGAUCUACAAACCAUUAUCUGUUUGA